AAUUUAAUGACAAUUGUCUGGCAUUAGAAAUAAUUAGGAACAAAUUAAAUUGCAAGGUUAUCUAUAUCUAAAAUUAAAAAUUAAAAUAAAGAAAAGGCACUGGUAAACAUAUGAACAUGUGAAAGUUUACAUAUUUGUACACAUUAAUAAUGUAGAUGAUAUAUAAUUAUCUGUGGGAUAACAUUAAAUGUAACUGACAGGUCUGAAAAACAUGAAAAUUAUUUUAUACAUAUUCGGAAGAUCGAUGGCUAAGAUGGAUAAAUAAAUUAUGUUUAAAUGAGCUCAAGGAUGAGGAGUUGAGUACGGAGGUUGGUAGGGAAUUCCAUAAUAAGAUAGCACAACAAGAGUACAGUUCUAUGAGAAGGAAUUAACAGGUUCGAGAGCUGGGAUCUCUUGUUGAACGAAUGGAUAGAGGAACAAGGAGUAAACAAAUCGAGAAGGUAAGAGGAUUUUUUUGUCGAAAAGGUUCCAAAAAGAACUAUUGUCUACAUCUAAGAACUAUUGUCGUCGGAAGACUGGAAAGAAUCAUUUCAACUCGACAUACCAACUGCAGACGUGGGAGCACCGUAAAACUCCAAAAAUAAAUCAAAUGAAACAAUUCAUUAGCCUCUUUAAUCUGGUCUCAAGUCCACCAGACAGUCCACCGUAUACGAGGCAGCCAUAAUCGAAAUGAGGGAAAAUGAGAGAGGAAACUAGGAGCUGACAAAUUUUAAGGAGCAUGGAAUCACGGAAUCUUAGGAAGUGUGGAGUGUGGAAACGGAUAGGUAGGCCAUUGAGGUAGAGUAUUGGAUAAUAAGGAAUGGAAUUAAUCAGAUGCUUGGAACCAAUGAGAAUGGCUUUGGUCUUCUCAGCAUUUAGCUUUACGUCGCUGCAAACUACCCAAGUAUUGAUACUAUCAAUGUCUUCUUGAACCCUUUGGAUCACCUCAAGCAUCUCGGUAGGAUGAACGGAAAGGUAUAUUUGGAGAUCGUCAAGCAUAGAAGUGAUAUUGUGAAUCAGGAAGGUCGAGGAAAGAGUUGGAGAGAGCGAAGAUCCCUGAAAAACUGAGAUGGAGUGAUGAAUAUCUGAAAUAUCUAAAAUAAAGAAAGGCCACAACAAAAAUUUGUAGAGAAUCAAAAGAUUUAUUAUUACAAAUUGAAAUUGCCUUAAUUAAUAUAAGAUACGCAUUUAGUUAAUAAGAGCACAGAAACAAACUGAUAAACAGCUGGAUAUACAUUUGCAACUAUUACGAUUUUUUUCAUAAACGGUAAAUUUUUGUGGUUAAAUGUCGAAAUACUUGUAUAGUAAAAUACCGAAUAAAUUAAUGUCUUAGUCGAAAUUUUUUAUGCAAAAUUUAUUCCCUCUAUCCGUUUACUUUUGAAAUCAUUUGAGUUCCAAAACUUCUCAAUUUUUUCAAUGGCUUCUUAUAAAGUUGAAGAAAUUUGAGGAUCGAAAUUUGGAAUCGUUAUUCUGUAUUAAAUUUUCAUUUAAAUUGUUUCUUUUUCGUCAAAAUUCAUCGCUCCUAUGAGCCAGAAAAGGGAUCUUCAUUACCGUAUUAUAAGUACUCAGGCUAUUUAUAUUUGUUGGUACAUUUUUUAUUAUAAUUUUUUUUAGAUUAGUACAGUGAUACAUAUGUAAAUUUUUCAUAUGUCUUUAAAAUAAUAUUUUAUAAUAUAGAGAUAGGUACUAAAUUUGACUAAUUUAAAAAUUAUUCUAAAUUAUACUAAAAUAAUUGAUUAAAUCUAAAGAUGGCCAAAGCCAAAAGAAGGUCUUUAUUACCAAUGGGCAAUUGGGAAGAAUUCUUGAAAGAUGCCAAACCGGAAUUCGAUACCUUGUUCGAAAUGAAGAUCGAUAAGGAAUAUGGUAAGGAAGAUUUCGAAUUUAUUCGUACAGUUGGAAGGGGCGCUUUCGGUCGCGUCUUCUUGGUAAGAAUGAUAAGUACCGGAGAAUAUUAUGCUAUUAAGGUACUCGACAAAUCGAUCAUAGUUAAGACGAAGCAGGUUAAGCACGCACUAAACGAAAAGAAAAUUCUUCAAGCGAUUAAUUUUCCCUUCUGUGUCUACUUAAAUUACGCCUUCAUGGACAACAGUUACUUAUACUUUGCUUUGCCGUUCAUCGUCGGAGGAGAGAUGUUCAAUCUGCUCAGAAAGUUGAGGAAAUUCGACGAACCAUUGGUGAGGUUCUACGCCGCGCAGAUCUUACUCACAUUCGAGUACCUCCAUUACUGCAACUUGAUCUUCAGAGAUCUCAAGCCUGAAAACAUACUCAUAGAUCAAACAGGAUAUCUGAAACUGACCGAUUUCGGUUUCUGCAAAAUAAUACAAGGAAGGACAUACACGUUGUGUGGUACACCGGAGUACCUGGCACCAGAGAUCAUCCUGAAUAAAGGUUACGGCAUGUCGGUGGACUGGUGGACCUUUGGCGUCCUCAUGUACGAAAUGGCUUCAGGGAUGGCUCCAUUCCAUGCAAGAGAACCGAUGAAAAUUUAUGAGAAAGUGGUCAGCGGAAAGUACAGCAUGCCUAAGCACUUUUCUUCAGAUUUGGCAGAUCUAAUCAGCAACCUUCUUCAGGUGGAUCUGUCGAAGCGUUACGGUAACCUGAAGAAUGGAUCGAACGAUAUAAAGGAACAUCCAUUUUAUAAAGAUAUGAACUGGUUGUCACUAGUUAACUAUAAGGUGCAACCUCCGUAUGUCCCCGUCGUCACAGGAGCUUCCGAUACGAGUAACUUCGAUAAAUACAAAGAAGUAUCAUUGGAAAUAUCAUCAAAAGAUCACUAUACUAAAGAUUUUGAAGAUUUUUAAACUAAACACCGAUAGGAAUAAAACAACGAAAUGAGAUUGAGUUUGUAAAAAACUUAAUCACCGAAGAAAUUGGGAAUAAAGACCAUAUAUUUCGACCUUUAUACUUUUAAUUUUUAAACUACAUAUUUCUACAAUAUAUUUACAUAGAGAGAGGCUUAACCUUCCAUCUACAAAGAAAUUAAUUGUUUUUCUCUUUUUAUAAACAGUGCAAGCCAAAACAGAAUAACACUUGCUCUGAUCUAUUUCCUAGUUUCCACUUGCUCUCUGGUUAGAUUUUUCCUCAA